ACUAUUCGACCAGUGCAGACAAGCCCGCAAUGCAAAUGUGGAUAUUUUUGACAAUAAAAGACAUGAUAUGUUAGGUAAAAGGUGAAAGUGAACAGACACUGACGACAGUAUUGUUGGCAUUAGCAAAACAACAGUAGCAUACUAUGUCUUGCAAAGAAGACGCUCUCAACGGCGUUUCAUCGGAUCUGCAUGUCGGUGUUUCAUCACAUUUCAAGCUUCCUGAAGGUUGGAUUGUGGAGGAAAAAGCUCGACCCUCUAGGCCUACUCAUGUUGACAGGUAUUACUAUGAACCAAAUACUAGAAGGAAGUUUCGAUCACUGUCUUCUGUUCAGAAAUAUCUAGCACAAGAAGCACAAGAAGCAGGAGAUCAUGAUAUCACUGAAACAAAGAUAUCAAAAGAUGGAAACACAAGUACUAAUUAUACCCAAUCUAGAGAAGGAAAACAACUGGCAGAAAAACCAAGUACACCAAUACCUAAGUUUGCAGUUGAAUCAGAAGAGAAAAUUGUUCGUGGUAUAAGAAGUUGUAGAAAUCGUGCUUAUUCUUCACUAUUGCAAGAAGAAAUAAACACUCCCAAGUCCUUCAAACACUCUAAUCAAUAUGCUGGAAAACCUGUGAAGCUGGAUAGUCAGAAAAAAAUUAAUUUUGAGAAGAAUAACAGAGCUCCAGUGCAUAACCUAACUGGUUCACCACCAGAAAAAGUAAGUUGGGUUCUGUCUGGUCCUGAUGGCUUCUGGAAUCCUUUCAUUGAUGGUUUGGCUGUGCCAGAAGCUGAAAGGCUAAGAUGGUCUGAAGCAUUUGUACAAUCCCUCCGUAAUAAUCGAAACUAAGUUUGGAUGAAGAUGAGGAUCUUCCUUAGUUGAGAAUGGAGAAUGCAAUUAUGUGCAACAACUUACCUUAAAAUUUAUGCAGACAUUAUUCUAUUUUACUAAAGGCAGACAGUACUUUAUGUUAAGAAGUGUAAUGAUGUAGUUUGUAUCUCAAGUUAUGUUUGGAUCACACUUGGCAGCAACUUCUAAACUGGGUUAUGAUUGAGGUUUUUGUCCUUUCAUUUUAGUCUUUAAGACUGUGUCAAUUGGUCUAUCCUAUAUGCAUGUUGACGUUAACAACUUUUGCAUUAAGAAAAUUGUUUUAUCAGUACCAUAUUACAC